GUUCGGGAUACAGAGGCGUUUUCGUCACGAGCAACGUUACUAUAUAUUUUUUCCGCGUUAAUUAUUUCUAACAUUUAAGGCGAUAUCUAAUGUAUUUGGAUAUCCACCGAUCAUAUAAUACAUCGGGAUUUUAAAUUUAUUGCGAUAGAAUCUGCCCACCUGACGAAAACGGCUUUGAAAGAAAACAUCUCUGGAAAAUUCAGGCGAAAAGUUCAAAACUGUUUUUUUUGGUUUGUUCUUCAAUUUUUACCACAAAAGUGGUAAGAAAGCCAGUGCCAAGCGACGUAUGUUUGCAUCGGAACCAAAGGACGCAUGUCAGUCCCAUCUAACAGAGAGCGCCACUACAGGAACUUGAAAGACAGAUAUACGAACUGCACAUAUGUAGACGGCAACCUGGAAUUGACCUGGCUUCAAGAUGACAACCUGGACCUCAGCUUCCUGCAGGAGAUCCGCGAGGUCACUGGCUACGUUCUCAUUUCACAUGUGGACAUCAAGAGAAUCGCCUUGCCCAAACUGCAGAUCAUACGUGGAAGGACGUUGUUCAAAAUGAGUGUUCGCAAAGAAGAGUUUGCCCUGUUGGUCACGCUGUCCAAAAUGUUCACAUUGGAACUGCCAGGAUUGAGAGACAUUCUCAAAGGAAAUGUUGGGCUCUUCAACAAUUAUAAUCUCUGUCACAUCAGAACGAUCAACUGGAAAGAAAUCAUAUCAGACCCACACGGCGUGAAUAUCUAUGAGUACAACUUCACCUCUCCUGAACGAGAAUGUCCUCCCUGCCACAAAAGCUGCAAGUUUGGUUGUUGGGGUGAAGGCGAAAAUAACUGUCAGGUGUUCUCAAAGGAACAUUGCAGUCCCCAGUGUGACCAAGGGAGGUGUUUUGGUCCAAAUCCUCGCGAGUGCUGCCAUCUGUUCUGCGCCGGUGGAUGCACAGGCCCUAAACAAAGUGACUGUAUAGCAUGUAAAAAUUUUUACGAUGAUGGUGUGUGUACUUUAGAGUGUCCUCCGAUGCAGAUCUAUAACCCGACGACCUACUCGUGGGAAGUGAAUCCCAGCGGAAAGUACGCGUACGGUGCCACGUGCGUGAAACGGUGUCCUGAACACCUUUUGAAGGACAACGGGGCUUGUGUACGGACGUGUCCUCCAAAUAAGAGAGCUGUAGACGGAGAGUGCGUACCUUGUGAUGGGCCAUGUCCUAAGACGUGUACUGGAGAAGGGGUGAUCCACUCAGGAAACAUAGAGAGUUUCAGAGGAUGUACAGUGCUUGAAGGGAAUAUCGACAUCUUGGAGAAUAGUCUACUAGGUUACACGUUUUUCUAUCCGAACUAUACCUUCGGAGAGAAGUUUGGACCUUUGCACCCUGACAGGCUAGAGGUCUUCAGUACACUAAAAGAGAUCACAGGCUAUCUAAACAUCCAAGCGACGCACAAAGACUUCAGAAACCUGUCGUACUUCCGUAACCUAGAAGUGAUUGGUGGUCGAGCAUUGUACGAAUACUCUUCGUCAUUGUACAUAGUUAAAACUUCGUUAGAAACGUUAAACCUGCGAUCGUUGAAGCGGAUCAAUAUGGGUACCGUUGCAAUCUUGGAAAAUAAAAACUUAUGUCUGGCAGAUGGUGUGAACUGGAGGUUAAUCAGGAAGAGUCACGAACAUCAUCUGAUGUUAGCCAAUAACAGUGAUGCAAUGAGUUGUGAAGCUAGGGGAUUGGUUUGCGAUCCACAAUGCAGUAAAGAUGGAUGUUGGGGUCCAGGACCAGAACAGUGUCUUUCGUGCGCCAACUUCAGGCUUGGCAACACUUGCUUGCAGAAUUGCAGCGUAUUACCUGGAAUAUAUCGUGCAGACAACAACGAAUGCAAGCCAUGCCACUCUCAAUGUGGUUCUGGAUGCCACGGUCCUGGAGCUGAGAACUGUACCACCUGCAGAACACUCAGAGAUGGGAAUAGAUGUGUAUCAGAGUGUGCCAAACAUCAGUACGUUGAACAUGGACAAUGUAAGAGGUGCCAUGCCAACUGCGUUGAAGAAGGUUGUUCGGGUCCAAAUGAUAUGGUGGGUGAAGAUGGUUGUAACUCUUGCGAACUGGCCAUAUUGAAUGGAACCAACUACGUUUGUCUGCACAAAAACGAUUCAUGUCCAGAAGGCUACUAUUUUGAAUACAUAGGGCCACAGUUACACGAGGAGUCCAGUUUGAGACUAUUGUCAGGAAAGGCUAUAUGUAAGAAAUGUCAUCCAAGAUGCAAAAGUUGUUCUGGGUACGGCUUUCACGUGUCUAGCUGCACCUGUAUGCAUUACAAGAAAGGAGAACAGUGUGAAGAGGAAUGUUCUGAGAACUACUACCCAGACCUGGAUUCCAACGAGUGUUUGGCCUGCGAUACGCAGUGUCGGGGAUGUACAGGACCAGGACCAAAGAACUGCCUCACAUGCUUGAAUUUUAAGCUAUAUGAUGACGAGGACAACGGUAGCAAUAGUUCCUUUACUUGUGUGGCCACCUGUCCACCAGAGGCUCCAAACAAGAUUUUCCCAGAUGACGGAGAUGCACAUUGUUCGAAUAGGUCACCCUCAGCCCUGAUCAGCGCCAGGUCCUACGACAUGCUGAUCAUUGUUGGAGUAGUAAUCAGCGGCAUCUUCAUAACAGUGGUCUUCCUCGGUAUCUUCUGCUACUACCAGAAGAAAGAGAAGAUAAAAGAAAAUGCGAUGAAAAUGACCAUGGCUCUCACUGGUCUUGAAGACAACGAACCGCUACGACCAAGCAACGUAGCACCUAAUGUAGCCAAGCUCAGGAUAAUCAAAGAGACUGAAGUACGCAAAGGAAGCAUCUUAGGGUAUGGAGCUUUUGGUUCUGUGUACAAAGGCGUUUGGGUCUUGGAAGGCGAAAACUCGGCUAAGAUCCCUGUUGCUAUCAAGGUCCUCAGAGAUGAUACUGGAGCUAAUAGCAGCAAAGAGUUUCUGGAUGAAGCUUACAUUAUGGCAACGGUUGAUCAUCCAAAUUUAUUGCAACUCCUGGCAGUCUGCAUGACCUCCCAGAUGAUGCUCAUCACACAACUCAUGCCUCUUGGAUGUCUCCUAGAUUUUGUCCGGAACAACAGAGAUAGGAUAGGAUCUAAAGCUCUGUUGAAUUGGUCGACUCAAAUAGCAAGAGGAAUGGCAUAUCUGGAAGAGAAACGCUUAGUACAUCGAGAUCUUGCUGCGAGGAACGUGUUGGUACAGACACCCGCUUGCGUGAAGAUAACCGACUUUGGCUUAGCCAAACUUCUUGACAUUAACGAAGAAGAGUACAAAGCGCCAGGUGGGAAGAUGCCAAUCAAGUGGCUCGCUCUUGAAUGUAUUCAACAUCGCAUCUUCACCCACAAAUCGGAUGUGUGGGCCUUCGGUGUCACAGUAUGGGAACUCCUUACAUUUGGUGGAAGACCAUACGAUAACGUAGCUGCUCGAGAUGUACCUGAAUUGCUGGAGAAGGGAGAAAGACUGCCUCAGCCGGCCAUUGCUAGUAUAGAAGUUUACAUGAUUAUGAUCAAGUGUUGGAUGUUGGAUGCUGAGAGCAGGCCGUGUUUCAAGGAGUUGGAAGAUGACUUCUCAAAAAUGGCACAGGAUCCUGGACGAUACUUGGCCAUACCUGGGGACAAGUUCAUGAGACUGACAACUUUUUCUGCACCACAGAAUGACAGGGAAAUGGUACGCAGCCUCGCGUCAGCAUUGGACAACACAGAUUGUACGAUAUCAGAAACCGACGAUCACAUGCACCCUAAAUCCAGAGCUCCCCUUCACGCCGGAAUGCUGCUCUCAUCUCCUUCUCCCUCAUCGAACAGUUACUGGCCCAACACUCAGAUGACGUCAGAUGGUAGUGCCUCUCAAUACCAGAACCACCUGAAUCAAAAGCUCCUGAGAUACGCUCAGAAUCAGGGAUUUGAACCCAGUCUACAUUCUAUCAACCAGUCAGAAGGCUCCAGCAUUCGUUACUGUGGUGAUUCAGUAAAGAUUAAGGAUGAAUUAGGUUCGGAUGAUUACGACUCUGCACGGUCCCAAGCGCAAGUGGGUACACUGAAGUUAGAGCUUCCUGUAGACGAAGACGACUAUCUUAUGCCUUCUCCACAGCAAACUCAAGGCCCAUCGGCUUAUGUCGAUUUGAUUGACUCGAAGAACUCAGAAAGUAGGAAAUCUUUCCCCGACUUUUACGAGAAUAAUAUUGAUAACCCUGAAUACCUUAUGAGCAACGACCCUCCUACGCAGACAGUCGGUUUGCCCACAGUCGCAGAGUUUGUCAAUGCGACUUCUAGCACUGCUGCUAGCACUCCUAGCUUUAAACCUUACUUGCCACAGAAAAGCUCCGAGGAAGAGUCUGAUCAUGAGUACUACAACGAUUUUGACAGGUUACAAAGAGAGCUGCAGCCACUGCACAAAAAUAGAAAUGGAGCGGUUAUUUGAGGACAAUGUCCUUUUUGUAUCUAAUUGAAUGGCCUUUUGUACUUCGUUGUGGAGACAAGGUUGUGCGGAGAUCGUUUAACCGGGGAUGCUGCUAAGCUAACAAAACGAUAUUUUCACAAUUUUUUGAUAGAAAAUAUGUAGAAGCGUUGAGUGCCAAGCCGAUGAUCGCAAAUGUUUGAAACCCGCCCAUUGGUGGCUAAUAUUAAUUUAUUGCCGUAAAAGAUAGGGUAUUCAAAACUUCACUAACAAAGUUCAGUCAGAGUGAAUUUUCAAUAAAUGUUUAAAUUGGGAAUGGUAACGUAUAAUUCUUAUUAAGUUUUUUGUAUUUUGUAUAAUUAUUUCUUUAUUCCCAGAAGGUUGCCAAAUGAUUAUAGGCAAACGCAUAACGUUCUGGUUUUGAGCAUAAGAUGUUAAAACAGCCAAUAAAGAACCUAGACAUGCCAAUGAGUGUCAGCUUAGCAAUUUAACACUAGCACUAGAUUUUUAUUGUUUAUAUGAUACAUACUGUUUUGGUUGUCAACUUUUAUUUUCUGAUUGAGUACAAAUGCUAUAUAACACGAGGUUUCUAUGAUAAGUAUAGAUAUGUAUAAAUCUUGAACUUUGAAGUGACUAUGGUUACAGUGGAACCGUAACGUAUUAAAUUCAUAUAUAUAAUUGACUCCUUAAGCGCGUCAAAUCAAUUAAAACCAUCAUAUCAUUACCGUCCAGAUUCUAUUGUUUACCUCGCGCAAGCAUAUACCAAUAUGUAAACAUAUCAUGUCCAGCUCUACGUUUUAAAAAAUACAGUUUUCUAUUGGCUUUCUCUUGAAGCUUUAUAUAAUAGAGCAAGUCAAAAUAUUGGUGCACUUAAAUGCCAUCUUGGACAUUUUUACCUUAUGAGGAACCCGUUUCAGCUGUAUACUGAUAAUAUGGGAGGUCUACAGUUCUGAUGUACGCAAUUCUGUACCUGAUUCUGACUAUGGAAAAUUACACUUUUCAUGUACAUGAGAUAAUGCCGUCGAUCAAUUCACAAAUUCUAAAUGGCAGCGCCGCUCGUUGCAUCUCAUAGCACAAGUAGAACUUCGAAUAAAUUCAUAUAAUUGCUAACAGGGUCCAAUUACGUUAGCUUGGAAGUACUCCAGGUCCAGCUACUUAACUAGAUUUUAAUGAAAACAUGUACUGUCAAAAUUGACAAUAACUCAGUGUGCCAUGGCAUGGCAACAACUUUGUACAUAAUUUUUGGAAGAAUUUAUAUUGUUUUGUAUAUACGAGUAUAAUUUUAGAUUUAGUUAGAAUUUUAAUAUGCUUCUUGGGUGAGGAUAGUGAAGUAUUUCCUAGGUUGUUCUUGCCCAAACUGUCUGUGAUAAAGUUAUUAAAGUAGCUUACCUUUUGUGUAUAGAAGGAGGAAAUAGGCUUGUACAAGGUGUCUUUGACUAACUGGUUGGAUUGUGAAGUUGCUGUGAGGGUUAUGGAGCCAUAUAUUUAUUGUUUUUUAUUUCUUUUUUUUUAAAUUGAAACAUGUCAUUCAGCGGAAAGUCCAUAAAAGAAAUAAGGCUUUCACUUACAUUACGUUAGAAGCCAUUGUAGUAUCUGUCUGACAUUAUUACUAUUACUAAAUUUUAUAAUUGUACAGACUCCCUCGUAUAGGUAUAUUCGUUUUCCCCGUACAUUGAUUUCAAUACACCGAAGAAGAAGACGGAAGACGACGGCGGCCAUGAUUGCAUUUCCGAACAUCAACAACACCAGGCGGGCAAAAAGCAACUAAGAUAGUUAUAAUGAUAUUAACUGUAUAAAGUUAAUAAACACAUCCGUUCAACACUCAAAAAUACGGUCCAUUCGCUCUCAUCCCCAAAAAUAAUUAUUUUCAUGGAUUACAUACACAUUUUCUGGAAUCUACAAUCAACCAAACAUACAGGACACCAUGUAAGAACCCCUUUUGUUAGGUGGAAGUUAAAUUCUUUUAGAUUUUAUUUUAUUACAGUCUUAAGGUUUUAAUCUCAAAUGAUAUCUCAUUGUACGUAAUUUUAUUUAUGGAAUUGUAGUUGAUCUUUCUUCUGAAGCAAUUUACUUAUUUUUUGUUACUAGCACGAAACCUGUGCCAUUUUGUAAAACAAGAAGUACCUUUACGAAUGUAUAUCAACUUUCCAUAUUAGUACAGUUUUGAAAAUUUUAAAUAAAAAAUAUUAAUAAAUUGUUGUUUUUUUGCGUGACGGUCCCAUCGACAGGAUGCUUAUAC